UCUGAAGGAGGACUCUGGCUUGGUGCCUCAGGUGCUGAACGCAGUCCCCUUCCUCCUGCGCAUCCCUGGGGUGGCUGAGAAGGCCUUGCCUGCACUGAAAGCCUUCUUGGCCCUGCUGGAUGAGCUGUUGACAGAGCACGGGACGAGCCGGGACCCAACCCAGCCACCCCGAGACCUGACUGACGCCUUCCUGGCUGAGGUGGAGAAGGCCGAGGGGAACCCGGAGAGCAGCUUCAAUGAUGAGAACCUGCGCAUGGUUGUGCUUGACCUGUUCACAGCAGGGAUGGUGACCACCUUGACCACCAUGGCCUGGGCCCUGCUGCUCAUGAUCCUGCACCCGGAUGUGCAGCGCCGUGUCCAGCAGGAGAUCGAUGAAGUGAUAGGCCAGGGGCGGCGCCCAGAGAUGGGGGACCAGGCCCGCAUGCCCUUCACCAAUGCCGUGAUUCAUGAGGUACAGUUCUUUCGGCACAUUGACCCAUUGGGUACACCCCACAUGACGUCCCGUGACACUGAAGUUCAGGGCUUCCUCAUCCUCAAGAUAGGUGUGGGGUCCCUCUUUCCAACAUGACCACUCCCAGGUGAG